GUUUACUUCUUCCUCUCUUCUCCAUAGGUCUUGGCAGAAAAUUUUACCAUGGUCACUGAGUUUCUGCUGCUGGGAUUUUCAAGCCUUGGUGAAAUUCAGCUUCCCCUCUUUGUGGUUUUUCUUUUUCUGUAUCUAGUUAUUCUCAGUGGCAAUGUCACUAUUGUCAGUGUCAUCCGCCUGGACCAAAGUCUCCACACACCCAUGUACUUCUUCCUGGGCAUCCUCUCAACAUCUGAGACCUUCUACACCUUUGUUAUCCUGCCCAAGAUGCUCAUCAAUCUACUUUCUGUGGCCAGGACAAUCUCCUUUACCUGUUGUGCCAUUCAAAUGUUCUUCUUCCUUGGUUUUGCUAUCACCAACUGCCUGCUAUUGGGUGUGAUGGGGUAUGAUCGCUAUGCUGCCAUCUGUCGUCCUCUGCAUUACCCCAUUCUUAUGAAUUGGCAGGUGUGUGUAAAACUGGCAGCUGCCUGUGGGAUCGGAGGCUUCUUGGCCUCCCUUACUGUAGUAAAUUUAGUUUUCAGCCUCCCUUUCUGUAGUGCCAACAAGGUCAACCAUUACUUCUGUGACAUCUCACCAGUCAUACGUCUGGCCUGUACCAAUACAGAUGUCAAUGAAUUUGUCAUAUUUAUCUGUGGGGUUCUUGUACUUGUGGUUCCCUUUUUCUUUAUCUGUGUUUCUUAUCUCUGCAUUCUGAGAACUAUCCUGAAGAUUCCCUCAGCAGAAGGCAGAAGGAAAGCCUUUUCUACUUGUGCCUCUCACCUCACUGUUGUUAUUGUUCACUAUGGCUGUGCUUCCUUCAUUUACCUGAGGCCUACAGCAAACUAUGUUUCCAACAAGGACAGGCUGGUAACAGUGACAUACACCAUUGUCACUCCACUGCUAAAUCCCAUGGUAUAUAGCCUCAGAAACAAGGAUGUCCAGCUUGCUCUCAGAAAAAUGUUGGGCAAGAAAGGAUCUUUACUAUAUGACUAA